UAUGUAUUCCCGUAAGUUGAUCACAUUAUUUUCUAUAUAAAGAAUUCUAUCUCUUAGAUUUGGAUAAAUGAAUACGGAAUAAUGUUGCAUAAGGAAACGUCAGCAUUUAUACUAGUAUUGAUUGUGGAUAUGAUAUUUAGUGAAUGUAAUGUUGGCUGCCAAUCAUGCUCCGGUUCAACUUGCACAAGUUGUGAAUCAUCUUACUAUUUAUCAAAUGGCUUCUGUUUAAUAUGUCCUCCAGAUUGUGUAAGGUGUAACAGCUACGAUGACUGUACUUUAUGUAAGCCAAAUAAAUAUGGUUUGCAUGAAAGAUGUGCUUUCAUUUGUGAUGGUAAUUGUCUAAAUGGUGAAUGUCAUGCUAAAACGGGAGAGUGUACGAAAUGUAGGCCCGGUUUAUAUGGACUUCAAUGUCGACACAAUUGUAGUUUAUGUGAAAAUGAACGUUGUGAUUUACGGAAAUGUUCGAGUGGUUGUAGAGAUGGAUAUUAUGAGUACAAAACCGGAUUCGAAACAAUAUGCCAAACCUGUCCGUCAAAUUGUAAACAUUGUACGGAUGGAAAAACAUGUAAUAUUUGCAAUAAUGGUCUUCACCUGUAUCAGUUUAAUGGCAAUGUUCACUGUGUGUCAUGUUCGCAAGAAUCACAAUGUCCAGACUGUGUUAUUGAAGGUUGUAACCUGUGUCAAAUACACAAUGAUUCGUUAGUCUGCGCUGAUUGUCCAGAAGGACAAAUUUUUAAUGGUAAAACAUGCGAAUCAAACACAUCAUUAUGCUCUAAAGAAUGUUCUACGAUUUGUGAUAGUACUGGAACAUGUCAAGGAGAAUGUAAUGAGGGCUGGGCUGGUGAAAAAUGUUCCAAACAAUGUAACAGCAAAUGUUUAAAAUGCUCAAAAGUUUACGAAAAUAGUUGUCUACUGUGUGUUGGUCAUUUUUAUUCAACCGAUUGCAGUUUAGCCUGCAACACGGCAUGCAUAGUAAAAAGUGGUAAACAUACAUGUGAACAUACAAGCGGAUAUUGUUUAAACGGAUGUAACAAAACAUUUUGGGGCGAUACUUGCGAUAAACCUUGUCCUAAUGGAUGUAAAGAUCUGAAAUGUGAUAGAAAGAAUGGUACAUGUACGGAUGGAUGUAUGGAUGGACUGAGUGGAGAUGAAUGUACUCAAACUAUCACAAUUGAAACAUCAGUGACAACAACAACAACAACAACAACAUCAGCCGAACCUGUAACACAACAACAAACAUGUGUGCACUGUGAGGAUAAAGUUAAUAUUUUUACCGUUGGUUAUUUCUCUGGAUUCGGAUCUUGUGCUGCAAUAGUGGUGUUUGCUGUAUUGUUUUACCUGAUAAGACGAAGGUAUCUUGCAAGUAAAACGCCCGUAGGUAGCCGACGUAACGUUGAGGUUCCAACAUAUUAUAACACUAGAACCGAUUUCGGAGUUGGAAACACAGAGUCAGUCGAUGUGACUAAUAAUUACGAGAGUUUGAGUAACCACACGAUCACGGAUAAUGUUUACAAUGAUCUAAGAACAACAUAGACGUAAGAUAAAUGGUUUUAGUAAUUUAUUAGCGAGAACAGCUAAUAAAUUGUUAGACUGUGUCUGUUGUUUAUCUUAAUUUCCAAUACACAUUUUUGUGAUAAUAAAAACCCUUUUUAUUCUUAAUCCCAAACAUGCAUUUAAGAGGUUGCAGUAUUGUCCCUUUGUGCGUUUACACUAUAAGCCUUUCAUGUCCAUUUUAGCUAAUUCACAUGUUGACUUCUCCUGCAUGUUUAUCUUUAGUGUUAAUAAAAGUAUAUUUGUUGAUAUUGAGACGGAUUAAAAACAAUACCAGGAAGCAACAUUGCAGGAAUUUUCAAAGAUUGCGUCAAGGUAUUUUUACUUGCCUAUGUCUGCGUAUUCUUUAACUCAGCAACGAUAAGAUGUCAUGAAUAUCCUUCUAUUACGGUUAAGAUACAUAAAAAGAUGUUCAAACCUAUGUACAUAACGGAUAAGGGAUCUGUCCAAUAGUGCAGCAGAAUUUGUGAGUUAUGGUCUUUGAAUAAAAAGCGAUUUGGUCUGUUAUUUUCUGUCUUGUACUACACAGCAUCAUGCUUCAAAGAGGCGGCGACAUGUAGGAAACAAACUGCCCGAUCACCCCUUAAUACAACUACUGCAUUGGCUACCGUCAUACACAUGCGAGAAUUGAUCUCUCUUGAUUUGUGAAUAUUUCAAUUCUAUAUUUAGAAAACAUGUUAAGAAUGUAAUUACCAACAUACUUAUUGGACUAUUUUGUGAAAAAUCUAAUAAUUUGAUUUGUUCAGCAACACAGAAAUAAAUGUAAAUGUUACUGCAUUAUUAGAAAGAAUUAGGUGCCAGCAAAAAAUUUCCUUGAAGUUUCCUCUGUGUCAUAGCACAUAACAUUUACAGUAACUCAUCAAACAACUAAGGGUAUGAUCUUGUAAACAUUACUCAUAAAUUUCGCUAACCGACGGUUAUCAGAUUUGGUAGGUCUUUGUUAGAUAAAGAAAGUUUUUUAUUGUUAUUUGUAAUAGUUUUCAACGUAGUGCUUUAAACAAUGCAUUGUUAAUAUUAAAACAUAAUGGAUUCAUUGUUAAAUGUUUUAGUUAUACAAUCAUAUUAAAUAAACAAAUUUAUAAAUUUCACCUCGUUAUGGGAUAAAAAUACUUCUACUUUUGCCAAUGUCUUCUUCUUAAUCAAUAAUUAUUUGUAGAUCUAGGAAGACCAUAACCAUAGACGUCACAGAAAUGGUAGGCAGAACUUUGCUAUGUCAGAAUCAGGAUAAAUAUUAUAUCUAGACAGAAAUGUAGUGACCUUUUACAUAAGAUACGUUUUACUGUGGUGUUUAAAACUCUAUUUGGGCAAUGUUUGUUAAUUGAGGCAAAAUGUAUAUUUAAAAGAUAUUAUUAUAGUAUACCAUCUGUAUUAUGUUUUCUCAAUUAAUGUUUGAAUGCCGUUAUCAUUUAAAGAUUAUUGUUUAAGAAUUAGAAAGAUGCUAAUAUUCUCUUUUUAUUGCGUGAACCUACAUGUGAUAUAGAUAUCUAUUUAAGUAUCCAUACUGAACUUUUUUUCACAUCUAACAGAC